CCAAGAUUAUGUGAACACGAGACUUCUUCGCAAGCCUCUUCAUCUUUCUUGGUUUAGUUUUCUGAGUACUAAACGAAUCAAUUGGCGUGGUGAUAGCCUACGAAGAAGAAAAAACCCUUAGAGAAAGAAGAAACAGAGGUUUUGAGCUGUUCUUUCUUCAGAUCUCUAUUACAAUGUUAUUUUGCUUCAGAUCUCUAGGCAGUUUAAAUUACAAUGUUAUCUUCCUUUAGCUAUCCGUCGAUCGUUCUAUCUCUUUCUCAGAGCUGAUGAAGAAACUAUGUGAAUUAUGCGGUUACUCCGUUGAUCUAAGAUGUCAAUUACCAAACGGAGAUCUCGCGACACUAAUCUCAGUCAAAUCAGAAGAAGAACUAUCAAACCUACUCCAGAAAAUGCUAUUUACCCACAAAAUCUGACAAUGUGGGUUUUGGUGAGAUCAGAGAGGGAAUAUGUUGGGUUACAAAUGUCUCCAUUGGAACAAUGUGACAGAUCUACCGCCAUUAAAAGACCCUGUAACCUUCUCCCUUCCGUCUCCCAUUCCCCAAUGGCCUCCAGGUAAAGGAUUUGGCUCUGGAACAAUCAAUCUCGGAAAAUUGGAAGUCAUCAAAAUUACGGAUUUUGAAUUCAUAUGGCGAUACAGAUCGACAGAGAAGAACAAGAGCAUUUCCUUCUACAAACCAAAGGGUUUGUUGCCUACAAACUUCCAAUGCUUAGGUCACUACUGUCAAUCUGAUUCUCAUCCAUUGAGAGGUUAUGUUCUUGUGGCAAGAGAUUUAGUGGAUUCAUUAGAACAGGAUGAACAGAAACCUGCGUUAGUGGAACCUGUUGAUUUUACUCUUUUCUGGAGCUCGAAUGAUUCAGCAGAAGAAGAACGUAGCGGACGCGGUUACUUCUGGUUACCGCAGCCUCCUGAAGGGUAUAGACCGAUUGGUUUUGUGGUUACAAAGACUUCCGCGAAACCAGAGCUGAAUGUAGUUAGAUGUGUUAGAUCUGAUCUUACUGAUGAAUGUGAAACCCACAAUGUCAUUGUCACUGCUGUCUCAGAACCUUUAGGUGUUCCUUUGUUCAUAUGGAGAAUUCGGCCUAAAGACCGAGGAAUGUGGGGCAGAGGUGUCUCUGCUGGUACUUUCUUCUGCAGAACUCGGCUUGUUGCUGGUAGAGAAGGUCUCGGUAUUGGUAUUGCUUGUCUAAAGAAUCUAGAUUCGGGUUUACACGCUAUGCCAAAUGUUGAUCAGAUUCAAGGUUUGAUUCAACACUAUGGUCCUACACUAGUCUUCCACCCUGGUGAAAUCUACUUGCCUUCUUCUGUAUCUUGGUUCUUCAAGAACGGUGCACUUCUCUGCGAAAAGGGAAAUCCGAUUGAUCAACUUAUCGAAGAAAAUGGCUCGAAUUUGCCUUCAGGAGGAAGCAAUGACAAACAGUAUUGGAUUGAUUUGCCGUGUGAUGAUCAACAAAGAGAUUUCGUCAAGCUAGGAAACCUUGAAAGCUCGAAGCUUUACAUUCACGUUAAGCCUGCUCUUGGAGGAACGUUCACGGAUCUCGUCUUCUGGAUCUUCUGUCCUUUUAAUGGACCAGCGACGUUAAAACUAGGACUGGUCGAUGUCUCGUUGAUCAGCAUCGGACAGCACGUCUGCGAUUGGGAACAUUUCACUCUCCGAAUCAGUAAUUUCUCAGGUGAGCUUUACUCAAUCUACUUCUCUCAGCACAGUGGGGGCGAAUGGAUCGAAGCCUACGACCUAGAGUUCAUUCCCGGAAGCAACAGAGCAGUUGUAUACUCGUCGAAACAUGGUCACGCAAGCUUUCCUAAGGCUGGGACUUACCUACAGGGAUCGACGAUGCUUGGAAUUGGGAUAAGGAACGACACUGCUAGUAGCGAUCUCUUGGUUGAUUCGAGCUCAAAGUAUGAGAUCGUUGCGGCAGAGUAUCUAAGCGGUGACGGUGUGGUGGUGGCAGAAGCGCCGUGGCUGCAGUAUAUGAGAGAAUGGGGACCAAAGGUUGUGUACGAUUCAAGGGAGGAGAUAGAGAGGUUGAUGACUCGAUUUCCGAGGACGAUUAGGGUUUCACUCGCCACAAUACUGAGAAAACUUCCAGUAGAAUUGUCCGGCGAGGAAGGUCCGACGGGACCAAAGGAGAAGAACAACUGGUACGGCGAUGAAAGAUGGUGAAGAAAGCUCACUGUUACGGGAAAGGUGAGAUUACCAUGGGAGCCCCGCCCGCCCUAACCGAUUGUUUGCUUGUAAAGGAAGAAGAAGAAGAAGAAGCUUUAAUUACGGAAAGAUUAAUAAACACAAUUAGCGUAGGAUUAACGUAAAACACUUGUCGUUAGAAGUGUAUACAGGUGGGUCCCACGAUGUAAUUAAAUAAACAAACAAACUUAUUUAUUACACU